UCCAUCAUUUAUUUUUUUAAACAGACAAAUUUGUUAUUUUUAUUGAUCGAAAAGUUGUGAUUUCUAAAGCAAAAUUAUUGGCUUACAUUUUUUAAUAAGUUCAAGAAUUGAUAAGAACGGCCCAUUUAACUAAUUUAACAACUGCCAGCAAAGCGUAAUUAAAUACGACCAACACUCACUCAUAUGUGGCAUUUCAUCAUAACACAAUGUGUGCAUACUAAACAAGAGCAGCAUAUAAAUUAAUCUUGCAGCGAGCGGUCGUUGUUCGGGUAUCGGCGAUUUGCAGUCGUGGUGUUUUGUUAUUGGAGCAGCAGCAAACAAGAUUAAAAAUAAACCAUUUUGAAAUGUUACUACUUUGAAUUGUAAAAAAUGCACACAACGCUGCCGAGCACGCCACAAACGCACAAGUGCAAGAAAAAGUGCAAUAUAAAUUCCAAAAUUUGUUCGUCGGUCUUACCGUCCAUACAUUUAAAUGAGGCGCUGUUUUAAAAUUAAAAGCAGCGAAACUCAACUAAAGCGGACAACGCGAUAAAUUCAAAUAACCAAGAGCAACAACAAAUCAAACGUUCAAAGUGAAGGUCAACGUCACAAGCAACAAGCAACACCAAGGUGAUAAGUAACGGCAACUGUGGCUGCCAAAAACAAAAUACUAACAGCACCAGCUGCUCGGAAUUGGAGCUAGCAGUUAGCUCAAGCUUAGCUCAGCAUCAGUUCCAGUUCCAACUCUAGUUCCAGCUUAUUUGUAAGAUGAGCUCGGUAUCGUCGCUGGUGGCACAGCGCCUGCUGCUGCCGUCACUGCUCUCCCUCCUCCUGCUAAUCGUCUGCGUGCUCAGCGAUGAUGCGAGUACGAUACCCACGCAGAACAUGUCGCACAAGGAACGCGCCGAAUUGCGUGAAGAAGCCCGUGAAAUGUUCUAUCAUGCAUAUCGUGCCUACAUGGAGAACGCCUAUCCUGCCGAUGAGCUGAUGCCGCUCUCAUGCAAGGGACGAUACCGCGGCGUGACCCCCUCUCGUGGCGAUAUGGACGACGUAUUGGGAAACUUCUCCAUGACGCUAGUGGAUACACUGGACACAUUGGUGCUGCUUGGGGACUUUGCGGAGUUCGAGUACGCUGUCAAGCUGGUCAUACGCGACGUGCAAUUCGACAGCGACAUCAUAGUGUCGGUAUUCGAGACGAAUAUUCGCAUGGUGGGCGGGCUACUCUCAGCGCACAUACUCGCCGAGUAUCUGCAGAAGCAAGCGGACGUAAUGCACUGGUAUAAGGGAGAAAUGCUUGAGAUGGCCCGCGAACUGGGCUACCGUCUGUUGCCGGCGUUUAACACCACGACGGGCAUACCUCAUGCCCGCGUUAAUUUGCGGCUAGGCAUGAAGGAUCCACAGCUAAAGAAGUCACGUGAAACGUGCACCGCAUGCGCUGGCACCAUUCUGCUGGAGUUUGCGGCAUUGUCGCGGCUAACGGGUGAUCCCAUUUUUGAAGUGCGCGCGCAUGCAGCGAUGGAUGCAUUGUGGAAGCUGCGGCAUCGUGGCUCCGAUCUUAUGGGCACGGUGCUAAAUGUGCACUCUGGAGAUUGGGUGCGUCGUGAUUCGGGCGUGGGUGCCGGCAUCGAUAGUUACUACGAGUAUCUUUUUAAAUCGUAUGUGCUGCUUGGUGAUGACAAAUAUUUGGCCCGCUUUAAUCGUCACUACAACGCCGUGAUGAAGUACGUCAGCGAGGGUCCUAUGCUGCUAGACGUUCUGAUGCAUCGGCCACAUGCCAAGUCGCGUAACUUUAUGGACUCCUUGCUGGCCUUUUGGCCGGGACUGCAGGUGCUAUCUGGCGACCUAAAGCCGGCGGUCCAAACCCACGAAAUGCUCUACCAAGUGAUGCAGAUGCAUACUCUCAUUCCUGAGGCAUGGACUGUGGACUUUCAAAUUCAUUGGGGCCAGCACCAUUUGCGACCCGAGUUUAUUGAGUCCACGUACUUCUUGUACCGCGCCACCGGUGAUCAUCACUACCUUCAGGUGGGCAAGCUAGCGCUGAAAACGCUUCAACAGUAUGCGAAAGUUGCCUGUGGCUAUGCUGCUGUCAACGAUGUGCGAACCGGCAAGCAUGAGGAUCGCAUGGACUCAUUUGUCCUAUCGGAGACAUUUAAGUAUUUGUUCUUGCUGUUCUCGGAGCCCCAAGAUUUAAUCAUUAAUGUGGAUGAAUUUGUGUUUACAACCGAGGCGCACCUGUUGCCGCUGUCCAUUGCACAGCUAGGGAAUUCCACGUUUAGCUUUCGGCAAUCGGACGAACACAAUGUACUCGACUUCAUGCGCACCUGCCCCAGUUCCAAUAAGCUUUUUCCUGAGAAAGUACGCAAACCAUUGCGCAACUUCAUUACGGGCUCGUGCCCGCGCACCACAAGUGGCAAGCGACUCAGCGCCCUGGAUUUUCAGGCAAGCAAUGCAGAUCAUCUGCGAGCUGUAUACGACAUGGGCAUCACCAUGGUUUCGGUAGGCGAUCGUAGCCAAGGCAAGGUGCGACUGUUUCAUAGUUUCUAUAAUGCCAAAAGUCAGGAGGAAGGCGAAAUGGGCCUGCAGUUUAUGCAGGAAAUGCUGGAGCUGACCAAAAUGCAGAGCAUGAAUCAGCUGGCACAGCUGCAGGCUGUUGCUUAUGCUUUGGAUGAUCAGUCCCAGGACUGGACAGCACUGAUGGCCGGCCCAUCGCACUUCAGUCCAGAGCUGAUCGGGGAGCAGUUUGUCGAGGGUGAAAUUGUGCUGGCCAGUCCAUUGCGGGCCUGCGACGAGCCGCUGCAAAACGCCAACAAUGUGGCCGGCAAGAUACUUGUAGCGGAACGCGGCGACUGCACGUUCGUGAGUAAAGCGCGAUUGGCACAAAAAGCGGGCGCCACGGCGCUGAUCGUCUGUGAUAAUGUAUCAGGUUCUUCCGGCGAGACGCAACCCAUGUUUGCGAUGUCCGGCGAUGGCAAAGAUGAUGUCGCCAUACCCGUUGUCUUCAUGUACAACAUGGAGUUUACCACGCUGGCUGCGGCGAUGUUGCGGCGACCGCAGCUGCGCGUUCGCAUAAUGCAAAUGGUGGAGUUUAAGCGCUGGCAGCUUGCCAAGGAGGCGCACCAGAACGAGACGGCAGCAGCAGCAGCAGCGGUAGCGUCAGCGGCGAUGCAAAAGAAAAAGCCAGACAAGGAAUUGUAGUGAUUGCUCAACGACGGUGUGGCUCCUCGCUUUAACGCUUCAAUGGCGCCUUCUUAAGUUCUAAGUUCUAAAGUGCUUUUCGGUUAACAUUUCACUAAUUGUACAAGCGCAUAUACAUAAGUAUAUAAAUCUUAACUUUCAUUCUUGAA